AUGGGAAUUGACCCUGUCACCCACAAACCGCUUUCUACUACUGAUCAACAGCAGCAACAGCAAUCCAAGUCUCAACUACAAAAGUCCAAACAUGAAAAAGAACAAAAGCAGAAGCAACAAAGCCAAGAACAAGAGCAAGAACAAGCUUCUUUGUCCACUACUAUGAUUGAAUCAGACAACAAUAUGGUCGAGCCUGCUGAAAUGUUAAUCAACAAACAAGAAUUAAAUGAAAGCUUGAUGAUGAGUCCGUUCGAGCUCACCAACAAUGGUUUCUUCUGCGUAGAUGAAGUUCCUCUUGUUCAACCUCAUGAGAUUUUUGUUACGAAUUCUGGACCAUCAGCGUCGACACCAUCAUCAUCUUCAUCUUCUUCUUGUGACUCUUCAAAGUUUUUCGAGAAUUUGCAAUUCCCCAAUCUUGAAUGGCCAACUGAUAGUCACAACAAUAAUAACAACAGUAGUAACGACGCGAGUACGUGGGACGAGGAUUUGAGCUGUUGGGACUUUUUAAUGAAUGAAGACAUUGACAAUAAACUUCCGAAUUCUCUUCUUCCGAGAAUGAUUUUAGACCAAGAACAUUGUUGGACAUUUGGACUCUUGUAA